GUCAGUAGAAGUGCUGGAUUCGCAUUAUUUUGCUUGCAUCGAAAAAAUUGAUUUGUUACUUUCAAAACUAUCAGUGCACAUUGUUUUGUUCUGGAGUGAAUUUGGUUUAUAGUGUAGUUAGUGUCAUGGUUUACUCGCCUGAAUAUUUGAGCCGUUCUAUCAAAAGAAUGGCUGCAAUCCUUGGAGGCCAUUACAAUGACAAGGAUCCAAUUUUUCUUGAAGAAUCAGCGAGUUUACGCAAAAAAAAAAAGUAUGUGAAUAUCUGCUAUUUCACUCUGCGUUGGCUGGCUCUCUUGCUGACUAUUUCGCUGAUUAUGGCUGCCUGUUUCUCACUCUAUAAAUACAACAAAAGUCUGAAGAGGAGAUUCGUAAUUGUUGAUUCUGGAGAAUUCCCAAAUCCAGGAGCUUCCUCUCUGCAAGGCGAGCUGACGGCUACCACCACAACGACAAUUCAACAAAUCGUGAAAAACCAUUUCAAGGAAGGUAAUGUGACCGAGGAAGACAUUAUUACUGAAUCCAGAAAUGAAGCACAAUCUAUCAAUCUAUCAGGACAUGCUGAGUUGGAAAUUGAUAGUGACGAUAACUCUCCCAAUUAUCAUUCUCAACUAGCUCUGUCUCCUUCUCUCACUCCUCCUCCUCCUGCUUCUCCACCUCCUCUUCUUGCCGAUUCUCCUCCUCUGAAAAAUCCUCCUCCUUUGGUCAAUUCUCCUGAUCUUACUGAACCUCCUCUUGCCAAUUCUUCCCCUCCUCUUGUCACUUCAUCCCCUUCUCUUUCAAAUACUCCUCCUUCUCUUGUCAACUCUCCUCUCUCUCCUCCUUCUCCUCCUUCAUCACCUUCUCUCACUUCUUCUUCUUCUCUUUCAGAUUCUUCUCUUUCACUCAAAUCUUCCUCUCCUCUUGCCAAUUCUCCUUCCCCCCUUCCCAACCAUAAUCCAUCACUCAUCAACUCUCCUCCCACUCCUCCUCCUCCUCCAGCUACUCCUUCCCCUCCUCCAACUCCUUCUCCUCCUCCUUCUUCCCCAGUAAAUGAGAGAGAGAGCCAAUUAGUCCACCCCAACGAACACAAUGAUUUGGAAACUCAAAAUAAUGUUGCCAGACUGAAUUCAAGAAGUAAGCCCAGUCCAGAUUUCAAUGCCUAUGAACUUGUCAUGGGGUACGUUGUCAGACCCGUGCAGAAAUUCGUGAUGAGUAUGGUUAAUAGGUUUUUGGCACUUUUUUCUGGUUAACCUACAUUUUGCUGAUGUUUUAAGUGAUUUUAUGUAUAUUUAUCCCUAGUUUUCAAGAGUUAUUAUUCCUCUCAAGUUAAUUUCUCAUUCAGUAUUCAGAUCUAGAUCAUUCUAAUUCGAUUUAUUCAAGAUAUUUGUUACGGUAUUCAAUCUUACUUAAUUUUAAAUCUCACAGAAAUUUCGUGAUGAGUAUGGUACAGUUAAUAAGUUUUUGGCACUUUUCUCUGGUUAACCUACACUUUGCUAAUGUUUUAAGUGAUUUUAUGUAUAUUUAUCCCAAGUUUUCUAGAGUGAUUAUUCGAUCCUCUCAAGUUCAUUUCUCAUUCAGUAUUUAGAUCUAGUUCAUUCUAAUUCUAUUCAUUUAAGAUAUUUUUUACGGUAUUCAGUC